CUCACGUAGUGGCUGCUUCCUGCCAGCUGACUGGGGGCUCGUUGCGCCUGCUCCCGGCCGUCACUCGCGCGCUGUGAGGCCGACUGUGUGGUGGGUCGGCCAGUCUCUGAUCGGUUCGUAUGUCUCUCUCAGCCGCUAUGGAACAUCAGCAAACGACAGAAGAGGCCGGCGGUGGAACACCUGGAGCCCCUCUGCCUCCGCCCUCACCUCUCUCAGGAUGCUACCUGCUUAUCGUCAUCGGAGAGCCGCAUUCUCAGGAGCACAAGGAGAUCAUCCUGCAGAGAAUCGCUAAAGGAUUCCUGUCAUGGAACUCUGACACGUCACAUGUGGACCUGGAGAAGGAGUUGGAAGCGCUGACUAGUCAAGCACCAGAGGGGGAAGAGGCUCGAAAUGGCGAGAGGCUGAUCCAGUAUGCCACCGAGAAUCUGGUGACGGAAGUUUUGAUCCAUCCUCAAGUGAACACCCUGCUCCAGUGCGUGCGCAACCUGCUGUCCAGCUUCACCCGACACCGGCAUCUCAUCCACGCGGGUUACAGCUUCGCCGGCAACGGCUCUUGGAUCCUCCAGGAUGGUACGUUCUCCUUGGUCGACUUCAUUGACGCGUUCGUGGAGACGGAGGUACAGCGUGUGCUGCGGGCUUAUGAGAACUGUAUCACUGUGGACGUUCACUGCUCAGCGGAAGGGGACUGGACUACGGAGCGAAUUGCGAAGGAGCCCUUCGCCCGCUCCUGUAAGGUGCGGGUCAAUCCUGACGACCACCUCACUGCAGGAGGAACGCCGAUAGGCAACUUCAUCACCUACGUCAGCCCAUUCCUGCGACCAGCAUCAUUGGAGCAAUUACUAGAGCCCUCAGAUGUGGUUGGAAACAUCCGGUUUAGUCAUCCAACAUUGUAUGUGUUCCCUGGUGGCCAAGGAGAUGCUGCACUAUUUGGCAUAAAUGGCUUCAACAUGUUGGUGGAUGGUGGUUUUGCUCGCAAAGCGUGCUUCUGGGAUUUUGCUCGCCAUUUGGACCGACUUGACGCCGUCCUCAUGACAAGACUCAAUAACGGAAAUGUAAACGGAAUGUCCGCUGUUCUUAGAAGGAAGAAGCAGAAUUCUGUGUAUCCGCAGAUAGGACACUUCUUUUGCAACCUACAAGAGAGACGCCAUGCUACAUCUCCAGAUGGUGACAAGGAUCGAGAUGCAUUACUCGUGGAUCUAAUGGAUGAGGGUCAGGAGAUUGUGCUCAACUUGCGGCAUCUGCAGCUGCGCCCACACCCGUGUUAUCGUGAUGGAAACCAUGUUGAACCAGUCAACCUCUACCAUAAAGUGGGCCACGGCAAACUGGAUAUGUAUAUCAUUAGCCCUGCAAAGGAUAGCCGUGAUGUGAAGGAAUUUCUGUCUAAAUGGAAUUCCAAUGACACCCGGCUUUUUGUUGGAAGGAAGGAUAGCGCAAGCAGAGACUUCCAUUUUCCUUUGCAGAAUCUUGUGUCUAUCUGUGCUCUUUUGGUGUGGCAGCCAGCAAAUCCUAAUGAUACCAUCACACGAAUUCUCUUUCCAGGAAGCACACCUCAGCAUAAAAUAUUUGAAGGCUUGGACAAAUUGAAACAUCUAGAAUUCUUAAAACAUCCAGUGUGCACAGCCAAGUCAGCUUCACCGUCCGCUUCAACUGUAGGUAUCACAAGUCGUGCAAGUAGUAAGCAGAGGUCCGCCCCCGCUGUCAUUGACAAGCUAUUGCCUGGAGAAGGUGUCAAGACAGCAUCUAAGACCAUUCUAUCCACUAUGGAAACAAACAAAGAAGCAGUUAAAACAGCAACCAUACCAGUAGCUGGGCACAUUCCAGAUGCAAAGCAAAUUAAGCCUGCAGCCACCGCCGCCCCCAUUUCCGCCCCAGUGCCACAGCCUUCCAAGGCACUGCCCCAGACCAAACAAAAAAUUGACAAACUGACUUCCAAAACAGAGCCACCAAAAAUGAAGACUGAACUUAAUAAAUCUCUAGACAUAGAGAAAAUCAGUGCCAAAACUGAAAAGGCAACGAAAAUGAUUAUAACUGAGACAACCAAAUCUAAAACUGAAUCUAGACCAAAACCUGAACUCAGAGCUUCCAUCAGUAAGUCAAAGACUGACCCUAAACUCCCGAGAUCAACAGAAAGGAAGAACCAUAAGCCUCCCACGGAAAAGAAGAGUGAGUCAGCCAAAUCAUCGCCCACAACACCCAAGAAAUCUGUUGAAGGAAAAAUGAAUGGUGUUGCAUCUAAAGCUGAAACGGCAAAAUUCACAAGACCAUUAAGUAGGAGUCGACCUUCCCCGACAGCAACCCCAGCUAAGAGUACAAAGGAAGCUAACAACCGAAAAGUAGUAGAAUCAAAGCACGCCUCAAGAAUGUCAUCAACAUCUCGAGGUCCUACUAUGAAGGUAAAAAGAGAGCAGCAAGAAAUCACAGCUUCAACAAAGACUGAAAGAAAGCCAAUCAGUAGAAGGCCAAAGCCAGGAUCUCCCAGUAAAGCAGCCACUUCAGGCAAAUCCCCAGGGUCCCCAGCCAAGUCUUCCUCUGCAAAGAGUACACCAACACCCUCAGUAAAAUCUGACAAAGAUGGUGUCAUCCGUAAAGUCAAAGGAGAAGCAGAUAGGAUAACAACUGAUUCUUCUGCUGUCUCAACACCUUCAACAGUAGAUCCAGAAACAGCAGCCUUGAAAGUGAAAGCUGCAGAAGUUCCUGAAGUAACAUCAACAAUAUCAGAAACCGAUAAAUUAAGAAAAGAUGAAGAGGAAAAUAUUCAUAUUGAUAAGGAGAAUGAAGAAAGCCUAGUGAAGCCUGAACAAGGAAAGUCUGAGGAAAUAUAUGACAAUGUACAGAUGGCUGCUGAUGAAGCCGGAGUGGAUGAAAUACAAAUUCAAGAUGCAGCUUUUAGUAUUGAAGCCCAACAAGAAAAAUGUAUAUUACCUCAAGAUGAAAAACAUGAAGAAGAAAGUCCAGUGGUUGAGGCAGAAAGAGAACAAGAAGGAAUGGAACAAGAUGAAGAAACAGAAGACAAGGAAUCAGAAACUGCUGAAGAAGUACAACGAGCGAAGCAAACAGAAAUUGAAAAGGAUGACAUUGAAGCUACAGAGGAAGAAAAUACAGAAGACGUAGAAGACGAGGAAGAAGCUGAAGAAAAACAACAUAUUGAGGGAAGAAAAUCUCUUGCAGAUGAGCUGGAGUUUGAAGCCAAAGAACAUAAAGAAAUUAAGGUGGAAGAAGACGAGGAGGAAGAAGAAGAUGAAUACUUGAUCAUAGAAAAGGAGGAAGUUGAACAAUUCAUGGAAGAUUCAUUACAAGAUCAAGAAAGUGUUGAAUCACAUGUCCCUGAAGAACUUGAAGCUAUGGAAAGACGAGAUGAAGAAGGGGAGGAGGAGGACGAGGAGGAGGAGGAUGAAGGAGAGCUUCAUAAACACCUACGUGAUGAAGUUGAGUCUGAGAAAGAUAAAAAACAUGAACAUGACAUUAUUAAAGUGAAUGGCUUCCAUGAAGAACCCAAAGAUGUUACCGCUAAAGAAGAUAAGGAAUAUAUCAAAGAAGGGCAGCAUAGUCCACUUGUGACAGAACUUGAAGAAGAAAGAGAUGAGAAGCUGAAAAUUACACCUACAGAUAAAAAGUUAGCAGAAAAGGCAGAAGAACUUAAAGUCACAGAAAUGUUGAACAAAGAGGAAGAGUCUUUAACAAAACAAGACGCUAUAGAAACAGCUCCUAGCACAGGGCAAGAUGAAGUUGCAGUAUCCACAGAUAUCUCUACAGUGUCAAAGGAACAACUUCAGGAAGAAGUACAAGGAAUUAUCACGUUUGCAAAAGAAAUUGUUACAAAAACAAAACAGGAAAAUGGAACCAAACAACAUGGCAAAGAAGAAGUACAUAUGUUGAAAGACGAAACUGAUCGUUUAGAACAGGUAAGUACAAGGGAAAAGAAGGAUACUGAAGAAGGGGAUGAAAUGAAGGAAGCUUCAUCAGCUAGCCCUGAGGAGAAACUGGAUAUCUCAUCAGAAAAGAAUAGAGAAAUAACAGAUGACACUAGAGACACAGAUCAGAAAUUAGAUGAAGAGGAAGGCGCAGAAAUUAAAGCAGCCGAUCAGAGGUAUCCAGCUGAAGAGAGUCAGCCAGAUGAACGAUUCUCGACCACUGUGGAGUCUGCAGCAACUACUGCACCCACAUUACCAGAAGAUGAGCGAAUACCACUUGAUGAAAUAAAAGAGAUUGUUGAGGAGAAGUAUGUGAAAGAAGAAACUAAAGAAGAAAAAUUAGCUGCCACUUCCAUUGUUCCUACACGAUUUGAACAACCCACAACACUUCCUCAAGUAGUAGUUGCUGGUGGAGUUGGCGCGUUUGACCCAAUGGCACCCAGUGCUGUUGUCCAUCUUGAGCGUGACAUAGUGAAAACUCCAGAUGAGGUGGCUGACUUACCAGUUCAUGAAGAAGUAGAUCCAGGCAUGUAUGAAAGUGAUGAGUUCAGCAAGGACUUUAAGGGUAAGAAUGACACUGCUAAGAAGCAGGUUUCACAACACGAUUUAGAAGAUUCAAGACAACAAUCUCCAGAGUUUGACAUCAAGGAAAAAAUUCAACUGAAAUAUGAUGAUAAUAUAGGAAAGGUAACUCCAUUUGAGGACUCUCAAUUUGUGAAUCAAGAGAAAGCAUCAUUCCAGGCUGUGGAUAAAGACAAACUUAAAGAAACUUCUGAGACUGAAUCUAAGAAGACUGAAAAGGCAGAACCAGAAGCUCCUAAUAUCGACUUUUCUGCAGACAAAGAUAAGAUUGAAAGCAAUGGAAAGGUGUAUGAUCUGAAAGAAGAAAAAUGUACUGAAUUCUCUAAAGGAAUAGCAGAUGAGAAGGAAACUGAAGCUCAUGUACUUAUAAAACAGGAUGUGCAGACUGAAGAUGCAGAUAAAUUGUUAGCCACAACAGAAGCAGUUUCAAAGGCCGAUGGAGUAGAAGACAAGAAAACUGUAACGGAUAAAGUGGUACCUGAACAGCUACCUGAAAAUGUUGUCAAAGUUGACACAGAAAAGGAGAAAGUAGUAGAAGGGCCCUUAGAAAAAGGAACAGAUGGCUCUACAUUAGUCAAUGAAGAAGGCUUAGACGAUGUGGUUAAGCAAGAAGUUUUAGAUGAAUCAAAAGACACUUCUAAACCAGUAUUAGAAACUGAAGAAGAAAAAAGAGAACAGAGUGCUUCUGAAUUUAAACCUAUUGCAGAAACCUCCAGAGGUGAGGGACAAAUGUUUGACACUAAAGCUGAAAUAAAGCACAUAACAGAAGAAUUCAUUGAAAAAGAAAGCUGUGCAGUAGAACUUGAGACUUCACAAGCUGACAAACAACACGAUCAACCUAGUUCCUCUGAAACCACAGAACGAGAAUCUGAUAAACUUGAAUUGGAGGAUAGAACAGUAGAGAAAACUGACCUAGAAAAACCUGUAUUGGAAGAAACUAAAGAAGAAAUGGCUUUGGAAGACUUAGCAGGAGAAACAUCUGAAUCACAAACACGUGAGCUGAAAGACAUGGACCUUAAUGAGAGAAGAAAAGAAUUGGAAAGACUGGAAAAAGAAACUGUAAAGACGGAACAGAUGAAGAAUUCAGAAGAAAAGGAUGAAUCAGGCAAAACUUCCCCUUCUACUUUAAGCACAGGAAAAAUUCAUGAGCCUGAAAAACAGUUAAUUCCAGAUAUAACAUCCGAAGAAUCUGUCAUACAGAUGAAGCCGGUUCAAGAGAAGACAGAUGUUCCAAAGGCACAAUUUGAAGAAGAAAAAGACUUUAAGAAAAUGGUUGAAGAUAAAUCUGUAACAAAAGAAUCCAGAUCAGGAAUGGAAGAUUUUAUCACAAAACCUCAAGAACUCUCAGAGGAUUAUCCAGUUUCAGGGAGUUCUGAUCAUCCUGAAUUUGAGAAACAUGAUGUGGUCAAGGAAUCUGAAAUUCAUACCAAAUCUUCAGAAAUAAAACAAACUGUUGACCCAUCAGAAGCAGAUAUCAUAGAACCAGAGAAGGUAGAUCUUGGUGGUGCUGAAACUAAAACCAAAGAAAUAGCGGUUGUGAAAGAAAUAAUAUUAACAAAGGAAGGAAGUGAAUCUAAUGAGGAGAAGGAUAUAGAUGAGAAAGAUAAAGCAAGCAAAGACUUCUCUUUAAAAUCAGAUGAGAGUGAAGAAGAUAAGACUGAUAUUUCAAAGUUAAAUACAGAUGCACCUAAAUGCAUCGAUGCUGAAGUUCCUAAUCUAACAGCUAAUGAAGGAUUGCAAGACAAGCCAUCCCCAGGUGCACUGUCGAUGACAUACCUUGAAAUAAUAGACAAAUUACAGAAAGAUUCUCAAAAGGCAGAUGAUUCUACUAUUGCCACAGUCAAAGAAUCGUCACCAUUAACAGAUUUAAAACAAGAUGCCAGUGAAGGCCAAUCAAAAGGAGAAGUACUUGCUGAGCAGGCUUCAAAUGCGUUAUCCAGAAAUGAUAAUAAAACUGAUGAGAAAUCAAAAACAGAUAUCACAGAAAGUGUGACAAAAACUGAUAGCUCUAGGGUUAGUGACAUGAAAGGCAUAGACUCUGUUCAGAAAACCACUGAAAUAAAAUAUGACAAAACUGUAGAAGACUCAUACAAUGCUGUCACAAAGAUUGAAGAAUUAGAUUCUGAUGAAAGUGCAGGAGGAAGACCAUUGAUUACAACUGGUGAGUUAAAAGAUUUGAAAGAAGUUACUGAAUUUGUGCCUGUCAUACCAGAGGAAGAAGCAGUGGAAACAAGAAUUGAAUCAGAAUACGAGAAGUCUUAUAACAAAGACGUUACUGAAACAAAAUCUGAUCAGGUGUCAGAUGUCUGUAAAUUGAAGGAACCUAUAACAAGUGAUUUAUCUCAAGUGACAGAUGAAGACGGCAAAGACUCAAUUAAAGGUGACACACAGAAGACAGUUGAUGGUAAAACCCUGGAAGAAGUGGAGAAGAAGAAAUCAAAUGUCAGUGCAACUGACCUGCAAGGUGAGCUGAAAUUGGCUAAUGAUAAUAAAGAUGAUAGUUAUGGCGAUGGAAGCAUUUCUCCUGAUGAAGCAUAUGUUGACUCAGGACUUGAGGAAGAGCCUGUGUACAGAAAAUUAGAAGCCGCAGAACUUCCGGAGUAUGUCACAGUUACUCCAGACUCUGGACCUCCUUCACCAAAAUCACAGAAAGAUAAGAAAUCAUCCCUAAAGACUGCAGAAAAUGCAUUAGAACAAGAGCCACUUGCUGCAGUUCAAACAGUGGAUGAAAACACUGAAAUAACUGGCCCCCAAGAUGAUACUCAUAAAAUAGACAGUAUCACAUUUCAGCCAGAUUUUGAUAAAGCAAAACAUGAAUCCCCUACUGAUGAUCUGGUUUCUGGCAAAAAUGGCAGCACAGCCAACAUCAAGGAGAAGACCACUGACUUCGGCGAUGACAUGUCCAAGAAGGAAUUAGAAGCUGUAGCUGCAAGAGCAGAUAUGCCUAGUCAGAUACCUGCCACAACAGCAGUCCCAGAAAGACAGCAUGGCAUCACCGAAACUCCAAGCUGUGACCAACCAGCUGAAGGACUGAGCUCAAGUGACUUGAAAAUGGAAGCGCUUUGCGAAGCUAAUGUUUUGGAAGAUCUUGUGAGUGCUAGUAAAUCUGCUAUUGCUGAAAUAGAGGGCAAACUCUCUGCUCAAAUAGAAGAGAUUCUCACAGCACCAAGAAAGGAAAGCAACCAAACAAUAUCUGAAAUUCAGGAAAGUAAAUCUGAAAUUUCCUAUGAUACUACUGAUAAAAUACAAAGCAGUAUUGACAAAGACUUGACAGGAACAUCACAGGUAUUGCAGGAAGAAGUAAUAAGAGCAUCUGAAGACAAGGAAAACGCAAAACCAUCACCUACACAUCAUACUGAAGCAGAAGAAACCAUGUUAAAGAGCAAUGAAAAAGUAGAGAGUGAGUCACCUUUGGGUUUAACGGAGAAAGAUGCUUCUGAAAAAGCACCGGAGGGUUCUGACAGGAAACAAGGACCAACAGAAGACAUGUCAUCAACUGAGCUGUGCAACAGGGAAGGUGCGUUGACAUCUCACACUGCUAACACAAGUGUCAUACAGGAAGAAAUAAGUUUAGAUCAUGAUAAAGAGAAAAAUGCUAUUUUAAAUGAGAUACAUACAAUUUCCACACCAGCCAGUGUGAUUUCAAAAGAACUGCCCCUCUCUGUAAUAUCUGAAACAGACAUAUCAAAAACUAUGAAGAAAGAGGUUACAGACAGAACAAAUGUGGAUCAAUCAGCUGUUUCUAAAUCAAAGGAAACAGAAGUUGUUAUCACAGCCAUAAGUAGUUCAGAUCCAGUCUGCGUGACAACAUCUAGGAUAUCUGAAAUUGCCAGUGCUGAAGGUACAGCUGAGAAGAAAACUAAUGUCAUCAUUGCAUCUAGCACUGUUACUGUGUCUGAUGAUACUGGCACAGAUAAAGAAAUCUCUGACUCAGGAAAUAUUACAAGCUCUGUAACAGUGUGCCGCAUGGUAAUGACAGCAAGCAGUGAAGAUGGGGGAAUGGAGACAGAGCUUUGUAGUGGUGGAAGUAUCACUGCCCCCACAACAUCGAACACACUUUCAGAAACAUCAAAACAAGUUAUCAAAGAGGAUUCAGGCAAAGUGACUGAGGAUGUCAGUAAGAGAGACAUAUCAGAGACUAUGACCACAGCAGGAACUACAAAUGGUGAUAUGUAUAUAGGCGAUGACUCUGCUAGUGAUGGAGAAGGAAGCAGUAAAUUAGUCAUGAGAACAACCAAGGAACUGAUUCAGACAGGUGACAUCAAGCAUGAUGAGAGAGAUGAUGUGGAAGAAUUCACUACCCAAGAAAUUGGAGAGGAUGGUAAAAUCAUAACUAGAACAGUUAAAACUACAAGAACUUUUGUAACUGCAGAAGGAGAUGAGUCAGAUGAUUCUGAUUUUGAAGAUGAAGAUAAUAUAGAGUCCACAGCUGCAGAAGACGGCUCAGACUCCAGCCGGAUGAGCAAGAUCACUACAUCACUUACAACAGCAGUUAAAAGAGAUGAUAAUGGUGUUAGACCGUUGUCAACAGACAGCAUUGACAAAACUGCUGGAGAUGUGGGUUCAGAAGUGGUAACGAAAACAGCCACUUCUAUCAUCACAACAUUGUCUGGUGAUGAAGCUGGUGAGGUGGUAACCACAACUACUGUAAAGGAAAUUAUUCUAGGGGAUGGAUCCACCCCUCAUGACAUCAUCAAAGAUGUAGAUGUGCUCUGUAAGAAAGAGGAAGUCCCACAACUAGACUCCACUGAUAGCAGCAAACUAGCAGAUACAUCAAAAGAGUCUUCCCCAUUGAAGGUGACCGCCACUGAUGUUACUCAUUGUGUUCCAGCUCAAAUAGACUCUGCAGCAAGUGCAUUCAGUGUAGCUGGUGGGUCUGAGAUAGAGGGAAAUCUGACAGAAGCUGUAGGCAGUAAAGAGGCAGAGCAGAAAGAAGUGAAUGGGAAGGGAAGUGAUACAGAGUCAACGACAGUGGUUUCAACCACUGCAGUAGUGAAAAGUGUAAUAGGAGAUCUGGAAAAACCUUCAUUUGUCUCAGCAAAGAAUGAAGCACAAACUGGCUCAUCUGAACCAACUUGUUGUGCCAUCCCUGGUUUGGAUGCAGACUCUGACCUGGAUGCAGGCUGUGGUCCAUCAAGUCCUCACAGUGGCAUCAGUAGUGGUAUGAUGUCAAGGGGAACCAAAAACAUGACAGGAAGCUGUGAGGGCCACUCGGACUCUCGGCACUAUGACAGUGAUGAGGACGAUGAUGAUGAGCCAGGGUCACCUCUCAGUGUCACCUCUCAACUUCCGCCGUCUCCCCCUUCCAAUUUUUAUUUUGAGAUGAGUGAUAGAGUCACUCCAGACUAUGAAGCCAUGCACUUCAUACCUUCUUCCAUUAAGCAUAAAGAAGAAGUUCCUUCCUCAAUGACAAGUUCCCUCUAUGGAAGUUUCCCACCAGAACCUUUUCAAGAAUUUGAUGAAGAACAAAGGAAAACAGAAGAACAUUUCUCAUCAUCUUCUGUAGACGAAACUCCAAUGAAAUACAGUGGAACCGUAUUAUCUGAGGACAGUGUUAUGACGGGCAGUUUUUAUGGUUCACUAAGGGAGGAUAAGAAGGCUGCUGAAUCCCAUGGUGUGCACGAUUCUGUAAAGCGACUGCAAGAGGAUGACACACUAGAUUUUGAGCAAGCAAAAUAUGAGCACCGAGCAGCACGUGGUAAGGAUCUUACCUCCUCUGGCUCUUCUUACAAUAAUGAAAAUAUAUCUUCACCCACUCAUGCAACAAAGAAAUAUGAGUAUCAGUACAUGUCAGGCUUAAAUGGGCAAAAACUGAAAGAUGAUAAUUCUUUUCAUGAGUUAACUCAGGACUAUGGUAAUGCAAAUGUUGCUGCUGGAAAACAGUAUGAGGAUCUUAUGAACCAGAACCGUGAUAUCAUGGGCCAGACAGGUUCUAGCUCUCACCAAGGACCUCACCACAAAGAAACUGAACACAUAUCAACAGAUAUUCUGAAAGACAAAAAAGAGACAUCAUCUGUAGCUUCAGGUAUCAGUGCUGAACAUGACCCAAUUUUCCGCCACCAGUUUUCAGCCCCAACUACGUCUGCUUCAAGUUUUGCAGAACCACCACAAGGAUUUACUCAGUCCUCAGGGGCGAAGGAAGACAAUAAGAAAGACCCAAUUGCAGACUGGGGGAAACCACUGGGUUUACCAGCUCCAACUCCACCGCCUACUAACAACGGCAACACUGCUGGUGAAGAUUUACCAAGCACUCCAAAAAGAGAGAAAAAGGUGAUGCAGAUCAAGAAGACAAUGAAUGAAAGUAACAGAACAGCAUCAGGGAAGGAUGGAAAGUCAAAGAGACCAGAUUCCCCUAUGAAGCGACCUAUAUCAGAGAGAAAGCUCAGUUCAAAUAAAGAAGGUGGUAGAAAUGUAGGUGGGAUGAAAUCUUCUGGCAGUCCCAUUUAUAUCAACCUCACGUAUGUGCCCCAUCAUGGCAAUUCUUACUACACAACUCUUGAGUUCUUCAAGAAGGUGCGAGCACGCUACUAUGUGUUCAGUGGCACAGAGCCCAGCCGUGAAGUGUACAACGCAUUACUCGAUGCCAAGCAGACAUGGGAAGAUAAAGAAUUAGAGGUAACUAUCAUUCCUACAUAUGACACCGAUACACUUGGCUACUGGGUUGCGGAGAACGAAGAUGCACUUGCCAUGCACAAGAUCGACUUGUCACCAUCAGCUAGCCGUUGCACCAUCAACUUGCAAGAUCAUGAGACCAGCUGCUCUGCUUACAGACUCGAGUUCUGAAUAUUCCACCAUCUUCAUUCUUACAUGGGAAAAAUCUGAGAUGAUAGCAGCAUGUCAUAUGUAUUAUUAAACCUGAUGCAUCUUGCUGCAUGAGUCUUAUAGUGAUGUAUACAUAUACAUAUUAACUGAUGAAUCAGGAAUCAUUUGAGGCUGAGUACAUACUCUGGAUUCUGCAGAAAAUGUCUUCAUGGAAUUCUUUCUAGCAGUGUUACUUGGUCCCAAACAAUCAGAUGGAAAUAGAUUUCUCAUGUCACUCUUAUAGUACAUGCAUGCUAACUAAUUCAGUUCUCCUUUAAUGUCUGCCUUGACUACUAUAGUCAUACUAUAUUGAUGGUACAGAGAUUGUCUCUGCAAUGUAUAUGUUAUCAGUAAAUUAUGUAAUUUUGUUAUUUUGCAGAGUAUCUAUGUAUUUCAUGCAUUAAAUGGAUAAUGUAGUUAAAGUAAGUAUUGAGAGGAAAGUUAUGCACUCUAAGUAAUAAGCUUCCAUGAAGUAACUAUUUGUGAGCAGUUAAAAUGUAAAAUAAUGAGGUUUUGACAAGGUUAAGGUAGGUUAUGUCAGUUACGCAGAAGUAACAAGACACAUUCAACUCUUGAAAACAAGUAACAUGUUACAAAGCAUACAAUAAUCAGUCUUUAUGGUAGUAGGAAUGUGUGCACAGUAAUGUGAUGGUACAAAUAUGUGCAAAUCAUAGUAAACAUGUUUUCAUGCUUUACCUAUAUAAAAUGUAGAGACCAUGACUUCAUUCUUAAUAUUACCUGCUCUUGAUUAGUUAUUCUAUGGAAUACCUAUUUAAAGUGUAUAACAUGUCUGCAUACAUACUUCAACUGCAAUGUUUAGUUAAUAUAUGAAAUAACUAAGUAGGUUAUAAGAUGAUGGAUUACACAUGCUUAACAGUAACAUAUAUAUUCCUCUUGCUCUAAAAAUUUAAAUUCUAGUAACUUGCUUGAUUUGACUUUCAUUUAAAUUUAUACAAAAUAAUGGGAAAUAGCUAAUAAUUUCACAAAUCAAGUGCAAUAUAUUUAUUGCUAUUCAGAUUGUAUUAGAGGCAAUAUUGACAAAUAUACACAAACCUCAUUUCUUUUUCAGUGAAGUCUGAAAUAUAUAAUCAUGUAUAAUGAGAGUCUACAUUUUGCAAAUUGCUAUGACAAAACUAUUUUUUGUUCAUUGUCACACAAUGAACGUGAAACACAAUGUCAUCAAUUUCCUUGGAUUUUCCAUAAUAAAAUGGCAACAAGUUGGAAUGUAUGUACAUGGGUGACAGUUUCAGCUCGGACUUUACAGUGUAGUUAGGUUUACCACAUAAAAAAAAGUUCCUCAUGCAGAUGCACUAUUUGAUAGAGGCUCAUGUUACAGUGUGUAUAAUACAUGAUGAUGAAGAAAUAACAAACAACACUGUUUUCAGAUUAUAACAUUGUGGAAAUUCUUCUGUCAUUUUAGAUCUUUGUUUUAAUCAGAUUAAGAUUAGCUUAAUAGGAAGUCAGACAGUAAUUUAUAAUAAAAUAUUCUUGAAAUGUUUGUAGUUUCAGAUGAUGCAUAACUUACAAGUCAUGCAAUUUUUGUUUCCAUGAAGGAUAAGCAGGGGUUGCAAUGUUCGAAUACAAGUCAUGCAAUUUUUGUUUCCAUGAAGGAUAAGCAGGGGUUGCAAUGUUCGAAAAUCUGGUAGCCAGAAAAUUACUUUGGUCACUCUAAAGCUUUAUGACACUGACAUAAUAUUAAGAUGGCAUGUAAGUCAGAAAUUUUCUGCAGUCUCAUUUUAUUUUUUGUUUAGAACACAAUGUUUAAAAAGCUGGCUCUUUUUCCACCAUCAGGUAAAAGGACUAGAUAUUGUGUUUUAACCAAAAAUGAGAUUAUGCAGGUUGUCCAAAAUACAUGUCAGUUUAAAAAUUUUGGUCACCAGAAAGUGAACUAGUGUUCUCUGGCAUCUUGUUGUGGCACCAUUCACAUGCACGAUUAAUUUUUUCAUAUUGUACUAUCUGUCCAGUAUGCAGGCCAGGCAUAAAAUAAUGGGCAGAAAUAGAAUUUAAAAUUAAAAUCCUUACUACUUUUAACUAUGCUGAUUUUGACUUCUUGACUGUGGUUCACAAUUUCCUCUAUGCAACAAGUGGUGAAAUGAGAUUGUGAGAACAUGAGAAGCCAACUCUUCUAUGCUGAGUGGGAAGUUAGUUGCCAUCCAAAACUAUUAGGUCACCACUGCUGACCAAGCAACUGUAUUUUCCAAACACUCCUGAUAAAUGGAGUUUCAUACAUUAUAUUUGUCAAUGGCUUAACAGGAGUUCCACAAAAUAUAUUCAUUACUGAAGUGUCACAGCAGAGCUUUGGUGUAAAACUCCAUUGCCCACAUGUAAGAAAAUUAUUCAAGAUGUCAUUUUUGUUAUUUGAAAACUGGCAGUAGAUAUAUUCAGUUUUGUCAAUGAAUGUAGCAAGGCUAAUUUCAGAAAUUAUGUUUCAUUAAAAGAGAAUGUUAUAUUAACUGUACCUUAAGAGAAAACCCUUACUUUGCUCCUUUAUCUGAAUAAACGUGUAAAUCCAAAUUUAUUCUUAUUCUAGUUUAUUGUUAGUUUCCGUUUGCAAGUUUUGGUGGCAUAACCCUGUAAACGCCCUUCCAUAUGAUUCAGGAGACUGUUAAUAAAUUGAAUUCACAUUUGUUAUGUUCCAUAAAUGUUGGGACACACAACUGAACAUAGAUGAAGUGUAGCAGAAUUCACAUCACGGAAAGGAUCUGGUACAAUAUCUAUCUUGAAGGAGAACAAUAUUAGAAAUGAAAGAAUUAAUAAGUAUAAUAACUAUGUGGGUGACUGUUUUUAAAUGUGUAUGCUCACCCUGAAACUCCCUUUUAUGGUGUCAUGUACUUAAAAAUCAACAAUUCUGGACCUUGAUACAGAGGAUAGUGUCUCAUUUCUGUGCUGCUCCCUUCCAACUUAGAGUUAGAUUUACUUGUAUACAUUUCCAACCCAUAAACCAUGUCACUACAAGAAUUUUCACUCAACCAUGUUAUGAUACAUUUAGAGUAAAGCUUUUUAGUGUCAUCCAUUUUGAAAGCAGGAACCAUCAACUGUAUAUUAUUCAUGUGAUAUCCCUUCAUUAGACCUAAGUUUUUAUUUAGAAGGCGAAAAUUGCCAGCUGGAAUAGCAUUGGUUUAUACAAAGAAGAAAAGUUGUUUAGAAACUGUUGUUAAGUGUUGCCUCAGAUAGAUUUUUAUAAUGAAGAAUUUGAGUGGAUAAGAAACUUGAGAAUGCUAUAUCUGAUAAUUAAUAUGUACGUAAUUAUUAUGUUUUUUAGAGGUGCUCAAAAUUACAUAAUCUUAAAAAUCCCCAAAAUGAAUACAACCAUUAUACUUUGGCAAACAACUGAUCAAAAACAGUGACAGAUAAACUGACAUAUUAUUCAGCCAUAGUAAAAUUAUGUAGCCCAUAGUUAACAUUAAGUGUAAGUUAAAUGCAAGAUUGUGGAGAAAUAUGAAAAGGUUAAAAACCCAUGCUAUCGUUUUGUACUUAGUGUGUGGUGUGAUGCAAUGUAGGCAUGUGAGCUGUGCUGAUUACAGUAUGGGAAAUUCUUUUUUCUUUGAUGUCAGUGUGUUUAUUAACACCUUUUUAUUUUAUGCAGUCAUUAAUACUGCAUUAUACAUAUUACAUACCUAAGUUAGUAAACACAGUACUACUUUAUAAGGCCUAAUUUAUACUUUCUUAUUAGAAUUAUUUAAUAUUUUUUUUAAAGAUUUCAGUGAUAUAACCUUUAUUUAUAACCUGUAAUAGUAUUCAUUUCUAAGUAUUGUUAGUGAUGGUGUGGCUGGCAGAUUGCAUGAAAAGGAUCUGAAGAAUUGUACAUUAACUAUCAAUAUAUAUUAUAUUAUUGUAAGAUGUUAUUUAAUAUAUACUAUCAUGGUAUAACUGUCAACUGGAUCAGGAAGGAACGAGCUUCUUAUAAGCCACUGUAAUAUUCUAAGCUGAGUUGAGAUUGUAAUGGUGCUAAGAAUACCCAAAAAUGCCUUGUUAAACAAUUAAUAAAUAUGAAGGUAGAUGCUGUGGCUGCAUGGCAAGGGGCCAACGGCAACAGACCACCAUUGUUUUUGAUGUGCAGGGGGGAGACGGAGUAGUGCGAGUUACUGUACUGUUCUAAAAAUGAAGGAAAUUUUUAAAAGUAAUUUUUCAUGACCAUUAUUGGCAGCAGGCCUUGUAGUUUCUGAAUCAGGCUGUUUACUCCUUAUUAUUUAUUCAUUAAUUUAUCUAGUUAUUUAUUUCCCCCUCUUGGUAAAAAAAAUGUGGACUUAUUGUUGCACUUCGCUUGUAAUUUCAGUGUUUUUUGGGAAAACCAUUAAGAGUUAAAUAAUAUUACGUAAUUUUAAAAUGUUAUAAUAGCAAGUUUUAAAAACACGCAUUUGCUCAACCCUUUGCAUGCCAUGUACCGACCAGAUGGGCUCUGUGUACUUGCAUUAAAACCAACACAACCAAAGAGAUUAGGCUCAUUGUUAAUCAAUUAAUACAGCAUUUCUGUCAAUAGAGGGCAUAAAAUUUGACAUCAUUGUUUAAAUAAAAAAACAGGCCUUCACAUAAUGCCUAUCUGUUGAUGUGCAAAGGUCACUGGAGGAAAGUGUUGUGGGUCUUUCUGUGCAACUUAAAUUGCUACCAUCAGCCUUGAUAUUUUUUGCUUUAGUUUCAUGGCGGAGCUUGGCAGUCAAAGGGUUAAAGUUGGAGCUUCUAGUCAAAAAGUUUGCUCUGUGCUUGUUCUGAUAUAACUGCAGUGUAUGUAUGGGUCAUGUAUGAAAAACAAAGUAAAAAUGGAAAUAAAAAAACGAAAACUAA